CAUGGAUAUUGGAGAUGCACUCAGAAGCAUGAAAUAGGGCGAGGUCAUCCUUUCAAAAAAGCUUACCGCGUCCCAAUAUUAAAGGAAAUUGAGUAAUCAAGGUGCUUUUGAAAUGGAAAUUCCCUCCUCUUUUUGCAUUCAGUCCAAUCUGCACCAAUUUCUUUGAUGCAACAAUUCACCCAAAUUGCCUCGUCGCUCAAAAAGUGUGAAAGCAAUUCUUUGCGUCGAGAUGUCUGUAAGUUAGCUAUGUGUUAAAGGUGGAGAUGGAACCCUAGAAGAGCACUUCAUCUUGCUGAGGGAAAUAGAGGUUAUUCUGUCAUUGCACCGACGGCGAGAACGACAAGAACGACACGACAAGCGGGCGACCCAAAAGUGGAACGACACUUACACAAUUUUUUGAAUGUGUGAAAGGCGAGCGAAGUGACUAGCCAAUAUUGUCCAUGUGGUGAGACCGAGACCGAGGCAGGGUCAUUGCUUUCGGAAGCAUCAUGAGGGUGAAACCUGUGCAUUUGUGGAUGAUCAUAGUCCUGGUGAUCAGUGACACGAAUUGUCUUAGAAUUUUGAGCUCACCAUCCGCAUCCAGGACGUCAAGUUUGGAACAGAGUGGGCCAAGUGAUCCCUACGUUUACGUGCGAUUCAAGCGACAAGAGCUGGAAUACGAUGAAGAUCUUGACGAGAUCUUCGGUGAGGCCAGUGGUAGUGGACAGAUGGAGGGCUCAUCUGACAAUGAUCUCGGAUCAGCUGUCCUUGAAAGUUAUCAAGGGUCUGUUGAAGAGGACGACAUGGCCGUGGAUGUGGAAUCUGGUUCGGGCGAAAUGGUAUUGGAAGAUCAAAUUGAGACCCCUUUGAUGCCUGAAAACGUGGAGGACUUGAGUGGAUCGGGGUCAGAGUCGCCAAGUGGUCUAGAUAUAGAACAAAGUGGGUCGGGCAGUGAUAAUAGUUCAGGCAGUGAAGUACCUUACCUUCCCGACUACUUUGAAGCUCCUUCAGGUUCCGGCGAUGAUGCUUCAUCAGAGCCUAUUGAGAGUCUGCUUGCCGAUUCCUCAGGAGAACAUAUUGACACUGGAGAAAUUGGGAGCACCUUUCCCGUUGCUGAUCGAGCCUCUGGUUUUGGCGAUGAUGAGGCCUUUGCUUCUGGUGAUCUUGAGGAUGAGAUUGUAACCGAGGGGCCAUCUAAUUCCUCUUUUGCAAAUGCUGAAGGAUCUGCUGAAGAGGCCAUAAAUACUGAAGCAUUCGAUACUGUAGAGGAGCCACCAAAACCUGAAGUUAGAAGUGAUAUUGAAACUGAGGAAAUGAGCGAAAUUGAGGAAAAUAUGGAGGGAUCCGCAACAGGUUCGGAAGUGGAAGAAAUUGAAGAAGACAUUGACGGUUACAGUGACGGCUCUGAGCAAGGGAUUGAAGCGGACAUUGAUGGUUCCGGUGACGACUCUGAGCGGGGGAUUGAAGAAAGCACUGACGGGUCCGGUGAACACUCUGAGCAAGGGAUUGAAGCGGACAUUGAUGGUUCCGGUGACGACUCUGAGCGGGGGAUUGAAGAAAGCACUGACGGGUCCGGUGAACACUCUGAGCAAGGGAUUGAAGCGGACAUUGAUGGUUCCGGUGACGACUCUGAGCGGGGGAUUGAAGAAAGCACUGACGGGUCCGGUGAACACUCUGAGCAAGGGAUUGAAGAGGGCAUUGAUGGAUCCGGUGAAGACUCUGAGCAAAGGGUUGAAGAAUCCAGUGAAAAUCCUGACAGGAACCGUCCUGAGGAAGGCACUGAAGAGCUUCAAGUUGGAGAAAGUUUUGGAUUAGAUGAUUUGGUCAAUGGCACUACUGAAGACGAAAAUACAACCUUGGGAUCAGGUGAAUCAUUUGAUGAAAUAGCUUAUGAUGUAUUCAGUGGUGUGAGUGAAGUGGAGAUAGUGGACGAAAAUCAAAUUGAAAACAAUCAAACUAGUUCUCAAGGGAUUGUUCCAGAAGAAAAUGUUGUGACACAAAUUUCGUCCACAAUCAUUAUUGAAAACGAAGAUGAUGGAUCAGGAUCAAGGUUCCAAUUCAGCAUGGAAAGCAAUGAAAGCUCAAAUGGAAAUACGACAUUGAUUGUCGAUGAAGACCUUGAGGAAGUUUUGAAUGGAACCAUCUUUCAAGAAUUCGAGGAUUCCAUUGCCAAUGUCACUUUUAAUGACACUUAUGAAGACCUCCUUGAAACAGAAGAUACAAAUGUGCAUUUAAAUGAGACAAUUAACAUGGACGCAGAAGAUGUUGGCAACGAUAUGACCGAAGACAACUCAGAGGAUGCUAGUCCAGAGUCUAUCUUUCCCAAAGUCCUUCCAUCUUUGUACGAGACUGAAUUUUGUUUAAACCUUACCUUUGGAUGUUGCCCCGAUCUGAACACUCCAGCUCAUGGUCCCAAUCAAGAAGGAUGCUGUCUGAGUGCCGAGUUUGGCUGUUGUCCAGACAACAUUAUUCCAUCAUUAGGGAAAGAAAAAGAGGGUUGCACGUGCAUUGAAUCUCCCUUCGGAUGUUGUCCAGAUGGAGAGAGGUCCGCCCUUGGACCACAAUUAGCAGGCUGUGGUUGUCAAAACACCCCAUACGGUUGCUGUCCAGAUGAUUACACCCCUGCUCAAGGAGAGGACUACGCAGGGUGCUCUUGUGUCACUUUUGAGCACGGAUGCUGUCCUGACGGAACCACCGUGGCACAAGGUCCCAAUCUGGAAGGUUGUCCUGGAUGUGAAGCAUCGGAAUAUGGGUGCUGCCCGGAUGAGUUCACGCCUGCUGAUGGUCCUUACAAUUUAGGUUGUGAGUGUGCCGGAUCCAAGUUUGGAUGUUGUCCAGAUGGAGUUUCUGAAGCUCUUAAUCCAAUUGUUCAAGACUUGAACGAAACGAAAAGUGACACAGAAGAGGAAAUGGAAACAGAGGACUUUAAAGGAUGUGGUGAAAUACCAGGAGCUGCCUGCCAACUCGAAAAAGACCCUGGUACUUGUAAAGAAAAUUUCACCGUCAAGUGGUUCUUCGAUCACGCCUACGGAAGUUGUUCGCGUUUUUGGUGGUCUGGUUGUGGUGGUAACAUCAACCGAUUUAACAACGAAAAUGAGUGCAAGACUCAGUGCAUAAAACUCGAGGGAAAAGGUCGAUGUUAUCUCCCGAAGGUUACUGGUCCUUGCAAGGGAUCGCAAAGCUCAUGGUACUUUGAUAUGAAGUGGAAUAAGUGCAUGCCGUUCUUGUAUGGUGGAUGCCUGGGCAACUCCAAUCGAUUCAAAUCCAAGGUGGAAUGCCAAGAGACAUGUUUAAACACCCGAACUGAGGAACUAGAUGUCUGUUCACAGCCCAAAGAACCUGGGCCUUGUCGGGGCCUAUAUCCAAGGUUUUAUUACGACCAAAAGCAGGGGUUAUGCCAGGCCUUCAAUUACACGGGAUGUCAAGGAAACAAGAAUCGAUUUUCAACGAUGGAGGCUUGUCAAAACACCUGCCAGCAUAAAGCUUUAUUGGUUCAGGCCAAGAAAAGCUGCAAUCUGCCCAAAAUGCAGGGACCUUGUGAGGAAAAGCAAGCAAAGUGGCAAUUCAAUUCAAAGUCAAUGAGUUGCGAACCCUUCUACUACUCUGGAUGUGGAGGGAAUAACAACCAGUUCGACUCGCUUCAGGAAUGCCAGAAAUCUUGUCCAAACGCCUUCCCACCAGAACUGGAUGUGAAGGCCAAGCUUUUGGUGGUUGAAGAAAAUCAAGAGGCCUGGCUUCAGAUCACGGUAGAGGCCAACCCACCUCCCACAGUCAAAUGGUUCUUCAACAAGGAGCCGGUGCUGGUUGACGAGCGCAUUAAAAAGAAUGCUGAUGGAUCCCUCAAGAUCAUGCCUGCUCAAAUGAGCAACUCUGGCAUUUACACGGUCACAGCCGAUAAUGGAGUUGGACAGCCAGCAAGGAAACAGAUCACACUGAAGGUCCAUCCCAGUAAGAUGCCAAUCCAAGUAGUUGUUCCCAAUGAGAACUCUGUAUUCAAAUUUGGACAAGAAAUGCUCCUGAAAUGCUUGGUCAAGGGUUAUCCAAUCCCAAUUAUCCGCUGGUACAAGAACAACACUCCGUUGCAAAAGUCCGGAAGGAUUCACCUCUUGGAUGAUCACAGCCUCGUGAUCGAUAAUGCCACUCCCAUUGAUGGAGGCGUUUAUACCUGCAGAGCAACCAAUAAGUUCGAAACAGUAAAGCAAGAUCUGGAGAUCAAAGUGGAAAAAGGCGAUGUUCCAAAGCAGUGCGUGGAUAAACCUCAAUUUGCCAAUUGCGAGCUCAUAGUAAAGGGGGAGUUCUGCGCCAAGAGUAAAUACUACGCCGAUUUCUGCUGCAAGUCUUGCACCAUGGCUGGUCAAAUCUCGCCACCCUAGCUACAGAGUCAGUGUUGCUACUUAAAAGACGUUCCGUGCAUGAACGGGCUUGUGGAAAUUCAUUUAAUACGAAUCUUUUUCAAUCGCUACUCUAUCCUAAUGUCUUGACCUAAAUGCAAUUUUUGUCGUUAGAUUAGAUGCAUGACAAUUAAAACUUCUUGGAAAGAUGA